GUUCAGGAAGGAAGCAGCGGUGGGGGCCGGGAUGCCGUCCCAUCGGCCAGUGUCCCGGAGCCUGCCCGUCCCUGCCCUGGGCCGGGGUCCCAGUCCCUUUCACGGGGGCGCGGUCCAUGCACUUUGAAUCUCAAGUAGCUGUUUCAUCAGGAAAGCUCCUGGAAAGGAUUUCACCUGGUCGAAAGUUAAGCACAUGGAAGACUUUUGAGGUCACUUUAAACUCUGGGAGCGAACGUCUCAACAGCACCAUCUCCGCUGUGUGAGGGCACAGCCGCCCCGCCCUGAGCCCGGAGCCUGCGAACAUGCCAGGAAACGCCACGCUGGAGACCGGCCCUGCGCUGGGGGCCCUGUCGACGGGCGUGUCUUCCCACACGUGCAACGUGCCCUUCAACGACAGCAGGGUGUUCCUGAUGACCGUGUACAGUGGCGUGUGCAUGCUGGGCCUGCCGGCCAACUGCCUGACGGCGUGGCUCACACUGCUGCAGGCACGCCAGGGCCACGUGCUGGCCGUCUACCUCUUCUGCCUGGCGCUCUGCGAGCUGCUCUACGUCAGCACCCUGCCGCUCUGGGUCGUCUACAUCCAGCACGGGCACCGCUGGCCACUCAGCCCCUUGGCCUGCAAGGUGACCGCCUACAUCUUCUUCUGCAACCUCUACAUCAGCAUCCUCUUCCUCUGCUGCAUCUCCUGCGACCGCUUCCUGGCAGUGGUGUACGCACUGGAGACGCGGGGCCGGCGCCACCAGAAGACUGCCAUCCUCAUCUCCGCGACAGUCUUCCUUCUUGUCGGGCUCGUCCACUCCCCGGUGUUCAAGAUGGAGCACAAUGAAACCUGCUUCGAGACGCUGCCGAUGGACCACAAGGUGGCCGGGUACUACUACGCACGCUUCAUGGUGGGCUUUGCCGUCCCGCUGUCCAUCAUCGCUGUCACCAACCAGCGCAUCUUCAGGACCAUCCAGCUGAGCACCAGCCUGAGCGCUGCCCAGAAGGCCAGGGUGAGGCUCCUGGCCAUCGCGGUCGUGGUCAUCUUCCUGGUCUGCUUCGCCCCCUACCACCUGGUGCUCCUGAUCAAAGCCAUUGCCUUUUCCUACCACAGAGGGGCCGAAGAACCUGUGUGCGACUUUGAAAUUCGCCUGUACACGGCCUCCGUGGUGUUCCUGAGCCUGGCCACUGUGAACAGCGUGGCUGACCCCAUCAUCUACGUGCUGGCCACGGAAGUGACCCGCCAGGAAGUGUGCAGAAUCCACAAGGGGUGGAAAAAGUGGUCCACGAAGACGGACGACACCAAGCUUGCAUGCUCGAAGGACUCGGAGGAGGCACAGUCGCCCAUGUCCCCCACCAACAGCUACGCCUUCCCCGGGCCCGUCCACCCACCAGGGCCGUCACCGGGCACCCCAGAGGGGCUGGCCGAGGGGUCCUGCUGAGCCCAGUGCAGGGGGCCAGGGCUGGCCGCCGGCGCUGCUUGUAGACCGCUAGCCAAUGUCCAUGGUGCUGACUGGGGAGCCCCCUCCAAAUGGCUCACCCCAGAUUUCUCGCCCCCGGAGUCUCUGCCGCUGGGGGUCCCGGCUGAGCAGAAGCCCCACGGAAGGCGGCAGCACAUUCAGGGUAAGGGCAGUCUGCUGGCUGCGGGGAAGAGCGCGUGGCGGGCGGGAGCACUUGCUCUGGCUGGCGUUCUCCGCUAUUAGCGCACAGCAGGGCAGCUGGCGCAGGCCGUGCGCCCGCCUGGUGCUGCUGGCGGCUGCACAGGCCGUGUGCGGAAGCUGCCUGUCGGCCGCCGCGUGACAACUUUAUUUCCUGAGCUUUUCUGCAAGCGUCGCUUGGAUGCGAGUACGUGGCCGGGCAUUUCUGCUUCUGCCCCGGGUCGUCCAUGCAAACCGUGCCCUGGUCACAGGCCCUCGGCCGGGGCAGCUCAGCAGCGUGGCCCUGAAGGGAGCCGCAAGGUGGGGUGCAGUCCACGUGGCCUCCGGAGGAAGCCCCGUGUGUGCGUGGCAGGCACGCCUGUGGGCUGGGAGGGCCGGGGUCACCCCAGGCAGGGGGACACACCCAAGGGCUCCGAGGACCCGGCACGUCGUCAGCACGGAGGCUUCCUGGCUCCCGUCGGGGCGGAGCUGCCGAGGGCCAGGCCAGGCGCAGUGCUGCCUCCGAGUCCCAUCUGUAGCAGGGCCCGUGACCCUGGCCUCAGCGGAUCAGUGGCGGGGCCGACCACACACAGCCCCAAGGCGGCGUCAGGGUCAACUUCCGCUCCUGCUUCUCUAAGGCCGCGUCGAUGGAUGAGCUUUACUGUGAAAGACCCUGAGAAGACAUGUGAUUUCACGUCUGGGAAUAAAAACACAAGAGUACA